AUGUUAUCGCGUCCACAGAAGCCAAUACUACGUGAUUUCUUAUUAAUGCAUGCACAAACUCGUUCCCAUUUAUGUACGGACGAGGAAAGUUUUGAUCCAUGCGAGCAAUUAUCAGAAUUAACAUCAUUUGAAAAGAGUACGUUGAUGUCAUGGUCAAUAGAUUCGAAUGUUGACCGAGGUCUCAAUCUGUAUAUAUUGCUACAUUAUCUAUCUGCUAUCAAUAAUAAUUCUUGUUAUUAUCAUUAUGUUAAUAAUGGAAAUCCAGAUGGUACAAAUAUGUUUGGACAUGUUAUCGGAACAUCAGGUAGUGGUAAAUCAUCAGCUCUGACACCUCAUAUGGAUGCUCUAGGGCGAACCUUAGCACAAAUGGAUAUUAAUCAAGAAUACAUCCAAUAUCCGAACAAUAAAAAUGGUUUAUCAUUUGAGCAGCCAUUCAUUAUUUCAAAUGCAAAUGCACUGCAUAUAUAUCGAAGUCUGAUUUAUGGUAAUCGUUUAUUGUGUUCCACGGAGCGCGAUACAUUACUGUCUAAUUUGGGUGUAUAUGGUAAUCAAUUUAACGACCCACGUUUUGCCGAAAAUGUGAAUAUGCUUAUUCAAAUGUUCGAUGGUACUAAGCAUCAAAAUCGAUCAACCCUAUCCACAUCAUACAAUAUUCCAGAGGGAUGCCGUGCUUCUAUUAUUGGUGCAAGCGUAGGUGAUCCUUAUGCUCGUGUAUCUCAACAACACUACGAAGGUAACGGUAUUAGUAGUGCUCAUAAUCGAUUUACCCAUUAUCCAUGUCCUAUAAUGAAAGCUAUCAAAACCAAUUCUGGUUCAAGUGAUGUCAUUUCUAAUAUGGUUCCAUCUCUUCAACAUGUCUAUACAGUUUCCAUAUUACUUGGAAGAGUUGAAUAUGUGGCACGACAAAAUGUAUAUGAUAUAUCCGAGCGAAAACAAACAAGUAAACCAGAUUUUUUUUCGAUUUUAUUAUUUCUGUUUAUUCAAGAUAUGUUCAAUUCCGACAUUGAAGAAAAAUGGAAACGAUUGCGACCUAUGGAUAAUCGUCAAUAUUGUUAUUCAUCAUCACAAACUGAAAUUGAACUUGAAGAACUUGAAGUCGAUGCCACAUCUGAACGAAGCAAAAGUACUUUUUAUUAUAUGUUUAAUCGAGUUUACAAUCAAUGGCAAGAGGCAACACUAACAGAAAAACAAGAACAUGAAGCCAUUAUCAACUUCAAAAAUUCGACGAAAAUUCCUCGGUGA